ACACACGUAAUGCGGUAAUGUAUUAGUGAAGAGGAUUAUCGCGUUCUGGUCGAUGUACUCUUUUAUUUUCUUUUGUUUGACAGUGGUUAGCCUUGAGGCCACUAGUCGUCUUACAUCGGCUCAGUGUAAUUGAGUGUACGAGGGAAUCUCAGAGCAUCUCUCAAGUUCAAAUCUCAUUUAUGUUGUCGCUGGAAGUGUGAUAGCGUUAUUCUUUUUCCUCGAGGCAGUGUUACUGAAAUACUAAUUUGUAGGUAAUGCAAGAAGGAAGAUUAGUGUCAGAACGCAGUUUGUUAAUGCACAAACAGUUAUCUGCUAAUGCUUUAGACAAUAUGACAUAAUGGCUGUUCUUUUUGAGAUAUACCGAUUCGAUUUGAUUUAACGUUCCGAUAACAAAGAUGAAGUACUUACUCGUCAGUGCUGUGCUUUUUAUAUAUUAUUACAUGAUAUUGGGUCAGGAUAUAGCAUUCCCAAUCGAUGAGGACAUAUCCCACGUCAGCGGUGGUAACUCCACGGUAAUAACAGAACGUAUAGCCGUAUCGAUACCAGAUAGUUGUCCGAAAGAUAUGCUUCUCUAUCCGGGCCACAGUGCAAAGGAUGCUUGGGUGUGCGACUGUAGAGCCCGGUUCUUGUAUUUCCCAUUGAAUGAUUCUUGUUACGAAGCAUACAGACAAGGUCCUUGUCCACCAAACAAUUACGUCGUUCUCCCUGAGAACGAGGCUGUGCCCCGUUGCGUGGAAAAUCCUUGCUUAGAGGAUGGUGUAGUGCAGUACAAUGGUACAUGUUAUCCUCUUAGGACAAGAGGUGGUCCUUGUGCACCAAAUGGUGUGAUAGGCGUGAACGAGACCACUUUCCAAUUAGAAUGUGUGCCAACAGACAUUGCACCCUUCGUAAUAAUCGAUGUUCCUAGAAGAACGUGUCCUCCAGGCAGCCGUAGAAGCACACUUGGAGUAUGCAAGAAAAUUUAGGAUAAGAAGUGGCACAUCAAGACAAGCUGCAUCAGGAUAAUCAUGAUAUAUUAUUGUCCAUGUAAUAAUAAUUUGUAGACAUGCUUUUAAAAUAAUAUUGAAUAACAAUGCUCAAUAAUAGGCUCACGAGAUGUAAGAAUAACUAACAAGAAAUUCUUUCACUAUAAUAUAAUAAAACUCACUACAAUCU